AUGUUCUCUCAUGCAGAGAUUCUUUAUUUCCAGGGUUUUCCUCUCCUCGUUAACGAAACGCCAAUAAGACAUGCAGGACAGGGGCUCUCUCAUCAGGCGUUUGCUCAACUCUUUUCGUACUCAAUUGCAGGAGGUCUAAUUUUCACAUACUUCUAUCGCCGCCUUGUUCUUUGCAAGCGGCCAUUUCAGUAUCUAUGGCGAUGCCAGUUUAUCCUCAAAGUCAUCAAUCACCUGCAUCAAAUAUCCUCUCUCCCGCUCCGCGCACUCCAGGCAGUCAGCUACCUACGUUUCCACAUCUCCUCCCAGCCUUCCUCCUUAAACCCUCCACCCCUCAAUCGAAUGAUAUUUUUGCUCUUUUAUUGGUCUUUCCUAGCGUUUUUGUCUACCUACAAGGCUUUCAUCGAUGAUGCGAGCUAUUCAGAGAGGGCUGGCUAUCGCUUUGGUUGGGUGGCCGCAGCCCAAAUGCCUUUGGUCUACGCUACAGCAUCGAAGCGUAGUUUACCCGGCUAUCUUCUUGGAUUAUCUCACGAACGCUUGAACUGGUUCCAUCGAUGGGCAUCCAGAACUUUCACGGUCUUUGUAUGUGUCCAUGGAGCGUUACUUUCCGCCGAACAUGUCAACGCUGGUUUGUUCAAAUUGGAAUUGCAGCUUAUGCCGAUGUUGAGAUACGGACUUGGCGCUGGUGGGGUUCUCCUUUGGACUUUCUCAUCAUCGGUGAGUAUUUUCCGAACCCUUGGGUACAGAUUCUUUGUUUUCCAGCACAGUGCGUCUGCCGCGAUAUUUCUAUGUCUAGUGUACAAACACCUUGUCUCGUCCGCCCGCACCUACGCUUGGCCAGCCAUAGGCCUGUUCACAGCCGAUUGGGCAAUUCGGUUGAUUUUAUUCUGCUACCACAGCAUAAAUCUAAACGCUGCCAAGCUAGCAUUCGGACUUUGCUCUGAAUUGAUGAGCGUGGGCAGCGACAUCAUUGUCCUGACGUUGAGAGACUACAAACACAGUUGGAAGCCUGGCCAGUACUUUUACGUUUGGAUACCCACCUUAGGACCCUUGGAGACCCAUCCAUACACCUGCAGUAGGGUCUAUUCGCCUUCUGAUGCGGAAUCUGGAAGCGAUCUACAGUUCGUAAUCCAAGGCAGAAACGGAUUUGCCAAAAGACUUCAAGAGCAUGCUCUCAGUUAUCGUGAGAGUCAUGACCAAAGAUUUCUGCGCGCAUUCGUGAGCGGUCCCUACGGCACUUAUCCUAAAUGGGAUUCCUACCAAACACUUGUAUUCAUCUCUGCUUCAACCGGGACGUCAUUCACCCUUCCGACGUUAGAGAGCCUAAUCCACAACUUCGAUCAUAUCGCCACCUGUCGAAUUCGAUGCCUCGUCGUGACGCCAAAUCUUGCCCGGCUGGAGCCCUACUUGGCGCGUCUCUGUGAUGCCGCUACGCUUGCUAAAACACAGCACUUUGAUUUCCGCUUUCAAGUCGCGGUUACCGAGUCCACACAAGACGAGGAGCAGUCCGCUCAAAGUGGCGAGCGGCGGUAUAAUGCCAUUGAAGGGGAGCAAUACGAAGUAGUUGCGGGCGGUGACAGUCGUGAAUUUCCAUCUCCGGAUCAGUGCUCUUUCCUCUCGCGCUCCUCCUUACCAUCACCAGAAUUUGCCGAUGAGUUUAGCCUCCUAUCGCAUGGGCCAGUUACGAUCCCGACCUCAAUUGAGCUAGAAGAUUUUGAAAGAGAAUCAAAAACGAGCGAGGCAGUGCUUAUCACUGGAAGACCCAAUAUUCGCGAGUAUAUCAGUCAUGCUGUUAGAAAAGAAGAAGGCAAUUGCAUGGUAGCUGUCUGUGCUGGCAGUGCGCUGGUUGCCGCUACAAGUAAUGCGGUUGCUUUGCUGGCUUUGAGGCAGAUUAUAUGGGGAAAUAAUACCAAGCAAAGGAUAUAUCUACAUGCGGAAGAAUUCUCAUUAUAAUAGCAAGGUAGCCGGGCACAAAGGAAAUAGGAAGCUCCCUGAGCAGAAAAAGCUUUGUACAGCUUCCUUUUUUCAUGAAUGCAUUACCUGGCUAUCCGGUCGUCGACAUGUAAUAUAAUGC